AUGGCACUUUUUAAAUGGAUUGGAAUGGGUGAUUUGAGAAAGCCUGCUACUAAUGAACCUUGGAGUAGUGGGUCUGAAAAGUAUUUCGGCUUGGAAAAUGCACUUUAUUUCUGUAAACCGUUCCGAGAAUGCGUUGUCAACUUCCCUAAUGGACCAAAUGAUGCAAAUGGCACAGGUGAAAAUAAAGCAAAUGAAGAAACAUCAACAUCAAAUGGACUUAGUGAAGAUACAUUGUUUGGUGCAUUAAAGGAUUUAUUUUGGAAAAUAAGUAGUCAGAAGAAAAGGACGGGAGUUAUGGCACCGAAUGGAUUUAUAUCAAAACUAAAGAAAGAAAAUGAACUUUUUCGUUCAACGAUGCAUCAGGAUGCACAUGAAUUUUUAAAUUACAUUCUUAAUGCUGUAGCUGAGAAUUCAAAAUCGUCAGUAAAUGGUGCAAGUAUAAAUGAAAGUGAGGAGAGUGGUAUUUCAGCCGAUGGAAGUUCUUCCGGGAGUUCAGAAAAUACUUCCAAUACAUUCUCUUCAAAGACAACUUGGGUACAUCAACUAUUUGAGGGCACAUUAACAAAUGAAACCAAAUGCCUGACCUGUGAAACCAUUACAAGUAGAGAUGACCCUUUUCUGGACCUUUCCAUUGAUAUUGAACAAAAUUCUUCUGUUACAUCAUGUUUGAGACAAUUUUCUGCAAGUGAGAUGUUAGUUCACCAGAAUAAAUUUUUUUGCGAUGUGUGUUGUGGAUUACAAGAGGCUGAAAAGAGUAUGAAAAUUAAAAAGCUACCCAAUGUAUUAGCGUUACAUUUAAAGCGCUUUAAAUAUCAAGAAAAGUUACAAAAAUAUAUUAAAUUAUCAUAUAGAGUAGUGUUCCCCUUUGAACUGCGGUUAUUCAACACGUGUGAUGAUAUUAAAGAUCCCGAUCGUCUUUAUGAACUUUAUGCAAUUUGUGUUCAUAUUGGAAGUGGUCCAUAUCAUGGCCAUUAUGUGACACUAGUAAAAAGCAUGGGACAAUGGCUCUUGUUUGAUGACGAGAAUGUAGAGACGGUAGAUGAAAGUGAGAUUCAUAAAUACUUUGGAGAUUUACCAGCAACUGGGUCAGGUUAUGUGUUAUUUUACCAGGCUUGUGAUUUAGAUUUAAGCUCUCUUGGAUUACCAUAUUCUGUUUGGGCAAAUAAUGUGGCCUCUAGUUCAUCAUCAGAUUUUGAAAUAUCGGCAGAAGGAGCUGCUGCUGCUGAAUCGCAUCCUAUAGAUAUACAACUUACACCGAAUACAACAAAUGGCGUUAAUGAUAAUGGUAAUAAUAAUACCUCUGCGAACAACGAAGAACUUAAGCGGGAGCAUCGUCAAACUCCUGUAAGGGAACCAUCAUUCUCUGAACGUUGGAUAUUAAGAAAAAAUAAUAAUUCAGAUAAACGUAAAUCACAUGUUGAUCAGGAUUCAAAGGACAAUGAUGAAAAUACACACGAAAAAACACCUUCACACGAAAAGGAAAAAUCAUCAUGGUUUGGAAACUUUAUCAAGCCUGGAAUCUUUAUUUGA